AUGCUCGCAAAGUUCUACGAUUGGUGGCCAUCCGGCGCUGAUGCGGUACAGACAUACGGUGCACGUGCCACUUAUCGUGUUCGAUCCCCGACUGUCUCUCCUGCACGACGUGCAUCCAGUCCAAUCAAUCGGUGUUUGUCACGCACGAGCAAACCACGACCACCCGGUUUGCAUGCAACCCCUUUACCACCGCUUCCGUUGCCCGUAAUGAGUAUCGGUUCGGUUCGAUGCGAUCUGUGCGAAUGUUGGCACUCACUUUCCUCAUCUGACGGGGAUAAACAUUCCCUCCAGCACUCGCGUUCCCGAAACAGUAGCGGGGUAGGUUCAAACCGACGCGGCUCCAUGAGUCACGAUCGCCCGAGCAAUGCACCCGCCCAAUCGUAUCCCGGUCCGCCGCAAACUCCGAAGCAUUUGGCCCCGUCCCAUGAUCUGCAACAGCGGCCGAUCAGAGAAGAGCCCACACGCACUGAUGCAGGUGAUAAAAAUUCUAUCCGAGCCACGAAAGAGGAAAGCGAGGAUAGCGACCAGAGUCCGAGUAACAAUACACAACAGUCCAAGAUUGUGUGGGAUGAUGAACGCAAGGAAUGGGUCGAUGUGACAAAUCCGGAAGCCAAUCAGCCCCCACCUCCACCACCACCCAUGAUACCCGCCCCGAACAUUAAUUCCAGCUCCAGUCCCGGCGCACCCAUUCCACCGAGUGGUGGUCUUAUCUCCUCGCCACCAACCGGACGGACCGGGGCCCGAUCUCGUUAUGUGAAUGUAUUGGCCAACCAAACCGCCGGGUCAGCUGCAGCCAAAUUGGACGCCCCGUUACAACCACCCUUACCAACAACGGGUUUCGGGGCCACCUCAAAUAUGCAUGCAGCCCUGCGUCAGAACCUUCAAAAUAGCGAGCACAAUCGGCGUCCGGACCCCGUUGACAUGCGUAACAAUAGCAGUUUCCAAAUGGAUGGUGGCAACUCAGGCCUGAUGAGUAAGCAACUCUCUUGA